GUAUGUGUGUGUGUGUGUGUCUCCGAUACAGGCUACAGCAACCCUCCCUAUUCUCUUGACGUCCUUUCCUCUGGUUCUCCUGUCAUACAUUUUUUGGGGAUGCCGUUUCAGCCCAAACUGUUGUAAUGAAUCACCUGAAGAGGAAAUCGUUUGUUUUUCGUCCGCUGAUCACUGCCUAACGGGUACUUUUAAGGAACAGCCUUUGACAACAUCAGGAGAGGGGAAACCGAGGAAAACGGUGGUUGAACAUCCGUCGAUGCUUUAUCCGCGGUUCGGGUGCUCUUUUGAUUAAUUUCGUGGGCCGAGACUGUCCUAUAAACUGUCUAGCCAAAUAUUCGUGGGUAGAAGACUUGGUACGGAACUCCACUUGGUUUUGGUGGAAGUGGUUGCUUUUAUGAGCAUCACCAACGUUUGCUAACCGGAAUCAGAAAUCUUUGUCAUCGACAAGUCCACGGCCGGGGUGCGCACAACACAAGCUAGCCUACCUGACGUUUUUUUUUUGUUUCCCCAAUUGUUUUCCUCGCGGUUCCGACAUCGCUCGAGCUGAUUAUGGAACAGCGCCCCUUUUCCCUCUGAAAAUACACCCAUGAACGGUGUUGGGAAGGGUUGGGAGGGAUAUUGUUUCAAACAUUCAAUUGAAUGUCCACUGAAAUGGUACGAUAGCGAGAAUACUGGGGAAGAAUGGGGUUGUUGAUUUAGUUUUUAUUCCCUAAAAAAUUAGGUUCAAUCGGUGCCUCCUGUCGACAACAGUUUAACAUGAACAGAAUGUAGCGCGGAGGCUUGUAAACGACUUCCACUCAUACAAUCUUUGCCGUUUACCUUCUCCGUGACCAGUACUGCCUUUUGACAGUGAACAUGAGAAUUGUCUGAGAAUCCAAGUCUGUUUGCUCUCAACCCCGGUCUGGCCGGUUGGAUAAAAACGGGCAUCGAUUGCCUUGGAACACUGGCCGGAGCACCAUUGCUGACGGCCAAUGUCGACCGUUAUCUUGUCAAGAAUUUAAUCCUGUAAAUAAAUUGACAAAGCUAAACAGGCUAAAUCAAGAUUCGCCGGGACUGAACGGAGAACUCAGGGACAAUGUCUUCACGCUCAGCUGUGCCAGGGAACGAGCGGAACUCCGACCAUCAUACCUCUCUCUCAGCCAGCCGCUCGGAGAAGGGCACCGGUUGGUCGAGCCGGUCGCUGGGGGCGCGGUGUCGGAACUCCAUCGCCUCGUGUUCUGACGAGCUGCCUCACAUCGGGAACUACCGGCUUCUGAAGACCAUCGGGAAGGGCAACUUCGCCAAGGUCAAGCUGGCCCGACACAUCCUGACCGGCCGUGAGGUUGCCAUCAAGAUCAUAGACAAGAGCCAGCUCAACCCGACCAGUCUGCAGAAGCUCUUCAGAGAGGUACGCAUCAUGAAGGGUCUCAACCACCCCAACAUCGUCCAACUGUUUGAGGUGAUCGAGACAGAGAAGACCCUGUACCUGAUCAUGGAGUACGCCAGUGGAGGUGAGGUGUUUGACUACCUUGUGUCUCAUGGGAGGAUGAAGGAGAAGGAGGCCAGAGCCAAGUUCAGACAGAUUGUGUCAGCCGUCCACUACUGUCACCAGAAGAACAUUGUGCACAGAGACCUGAAGGCUGAGAACCUGCUCCUGGAUGCUGACACCAACAUCAAGAUAGCAGACUUUGGCUUCAGUAAUGAGUUCACCCUGGGCAGCAAGCUGGACACCUUCUGUGGUUCCCCCCCCUACGCUGCCCCCGAGCUCUUUCAGGGUAAGAAGUAUGAUGGUCCUGAGGUGGACGUGUGGAGUCUGGGGGUCAUCCUCUACACGCUGGUCAGCGGCUCCCUGCCCUUCGACGGACAGAACCUCAAGGAGCUGCGGGAGCGCGUGUUGCGGGGGAAGUACCGUGUGCCCUUCUACAUGUCCACAGACUGUGAGGGUAUCCUCAGGAGGUGCACGAGGAAGGUUUUCAGACACAGCACCUUCACGUGA